GAAAUCGGGUUAGGGGAGACAAUCGCCAGCGCUGUUAAUAUCCGCUGCUGCUGCUUCUAUGCUCAAGUGAAGGCGUGUGUAACCCUGACAACACUAAUGGGAGUGAGGACGACUCAGGAGUCAGGAACUGAAUACAACUUCUCCCACCCGCCUCUUUUGCCUGCGUAACAUCACCUAAUAAUAUCACCGCAUUAUGCUUCUAUGCACGAUGAUUAACGAUUGGAUUCUCUCCCUCCCGUCGCCUUUGAAGAAUGUAUAAUUAUGAGUGAGAGUGGGCUUUCUAGUUCUUGGCAGCAGUGGUCCUGUGUAUGGAUGUUGGCUUUUCUAUGAACAAUUCUGGUUCCGGAGAAGAAUCUCCUUUUGAACAAGCCAAAAAAGUGAUGGCAAUGUUUGUGCAGCGACAGGUGUUUGCUGAGAGUAAAGAUGAAAUCUCCUUGGUUUUAUUUGGCACAGAGAACACUGCAAAUAGUCUUGCCACCGGGAACCAAUAUCAGCAUAUUGUUGUGCAUAGACACCUGAUGAUGCCGGAUUUUGACUUGCUGGAAGACAUACAAAAUGUGAUUCAGCCUGGCUCUGAACAAGGGGACAUUCUAGAUGCUCUUAUUGUGUGCAUGGACUUGCUUCAAAAGGAAACAAUUGGCAAAAAAUAUGACAAACGGCACAUUGAAGUUUUUACAGACCUCAGUAGUCCCUUCAGUGAGGAUCAACUGGAUGUUAUAAUUGCUAACUUGAAGAAUACUGGGAUUUCACUUCAGUUUUUCUUGCCAUUUCCAGCGGAUGACGAAGAUGGAAGGGGGGAUGAGGCCUGUGGUCCACAUUCCAGUAGACACCAAAAUUCUUUUCCAAAGAAGGAGCUCUCUGGGCAGCAGAAGGGAGGCCUUCAGAUGGUGAAGAAACUUAUGUUUUCAUUAGCAAAAGAAGGAGGUCUGGAGGACAUUUACACUUUGAGAGAGAGCCUGGAGCGUCUUUCAGUGUUUAAGAAGGUUGAACGGAAACCCAUGGCUUGGCCUUGCCAGCUCACGAUUGGCUCUAACUUGCCUAUAAGGAUUGUGGCCUAUAAAUCACUCACUGAAGAGAAAGUGAAAAAAACUUGGACGGUUAUAGAAGCCAAGACACUAAAAAGAGAUGAUAUUCAGAGAGAAACAGUUUAUUGCUUGAAUGAUGAUGACGAAACAGAAGUGCAGAAAGAGGAUGUUAUUCAAGGAUUCCGCUACGGGAGCGAUAUUAUUCCUUUCUCUAAAGUAGACGAGGAACAGAUGAAAUACAAGACAGAUGGGAAAUGUUUUGCUGUCUUGGGGUUCACCAGAUCAUCUCAGGUCCAGAGACAUCGCUACAUGGGAAACCAGGUUCUGAAAGUCUUUGCGGCAAAGGACGAUGAGGCUGCAGCCGUUGCUCUCUCUGCCCUUAUUCAUGCUUUGGAUGAGUUGGAUAUGGUGGCCAUAGUGCGUUAUGUCUAUGACAGAAGAUCCCACCCGCAGGUUGGGGUAGCCUUUCCAUUAAUUAAGAACGAAUAUGAGUGUUUGGCCUAUGUACAGCUGCCUUAUAUGGAAGAUCUGAGGCAAUACAUGUUUUCCUCCUUGAAAAACAAUAAAAAGUAUACGCCAACAGGUGAUCAGUUGUGUGCAGUUGACUCUCUGAUUGAUUCCAUGAGUUUGGUUUGUGAAGAUGAGAGCGAAGAGACAAUCGAGGAUAUAUUUAAAACCAGCAAACUCCCAAACCCCCAGUUUCAAAGACUGUACCAGUGCCUACAACAUAAGACUUUUAAUCCUGAUGCUCCUUUGCCUCCUAUUGAAAAACAUCUCUUAGACAUGUUGGGGACACCACAAAAAGUGAUGGAGAAAUGCCAGGCUCCCCUUGAAAAAUUAAAGGAGCUUUUUCCUCUGAAAGAAGCAGACAAAAUAAAAGAGCAGAGGACAGCUCAGCAUAUCUUCAAAGACAAUAAUGAAGAUGGGACCAGUGCUAAAAAGGCAAAAACAGAAGAUGAUGAAGGUGACUUUAGGAUCGCAAGCCUUGCUGAAGGCAAUGUCACCGCAGUUGGAAGUGUUAAUCCAUCUGAAAACUUCAGAGUACUGGUGAGACAGAAGAAUAUUGACUUCAAGGAAGUCAGUCAGCAACUGAUAAACCACAUCCACCAGUUUCUGGAAAACAGGGGGCUAAUGUAUUAUUUGAAGAGCAUCAACUGCAUAGCAGUUUUCCGAGAGGAGGCCAUUAAGCUGUCAGAAGUGCAGUACUUCAAUGAUUUUCUGGAGGCUCUGAAAAAAAGAUUGGAAGAUAAAAACUUAACUGAUUUCUGGGAGAUUAUAAUACAAGGUGGAAUUUCCUUGAUCACCAAAGAAGAAAGUGAUGGAAGCUCAUUGACAGCUGAAGAUGCCAAAAAGUUCUUGGGUCCCAGAGAAAACCCCACAGAAGCUUCACCGGCAGCAGAUGAUGGUGGUGAUGUUGAUGAUCUUCUGGACAUGAUUUAAGUGGAUGAACAGCAUCUUGGAAUUGGUGGAUUUGAAGACAUUUCUAGGAUCCAGAGAGAACAACAUAGGUGGUAAAGAAAGGUCUGGCCAGGAAGUCCUCUAUAGGUACCUGGUUCCUGAGAGAGGGCACCGGGAAAUUCCCAGUAUGGUACACAUCUUUGUUCUGUUAUUUGCCACAAGGUUUUAAAAAAUUACCAACACAAUGCAUAGAAUUUUACCUACUCUGCCUUCCUUAAAUAAGAUGGAUUCUCAUUCUCUGAUAGCAGUGCAGUUUCACUCCUGUUGUUGUCAGUCUUUUUUAUAUUCACAAGAGAUUUUGAUAGCUUAAGCUCUCUGCCUGGGGAGGAAAUGCUGUCAGAAUGAAAUCCCAGUGGAUUUCAUAUCCAGAAAUAUGGGCUUGUUUUUGGCACACGAACAGAUACACCAUGUGCUUAUGGCCAUGGUAUAUGCCUGAAAUACAAUAAAGAAUUUUAAAACCUAUUCCAAAUGCUUGUACCCAUAAACUGCAACCCAGCAAAAUCUCAAGCAUUGCGAAUGUUUACCUGUAGAAGUCAUUUUCUUGUUCUUUCCAAUUCAGCACCUUCCAGAUGAACUGCAAGCCAGUUUUGAUGCUGAGGGGCUUGCUGCCAAUUCAGUUGGCAUCUCUGCCUUUACUUGGUUAGAGGCAGCAGCAGCUGUCUGCCCAUCCUACCAAUCCAAAGGUUCCUUCAUCAAGCCUCUUUUAUUUAGCAGAGCUCUAGUAAUAGUUGACAGCAGCUGAAAGAAGAGUGGAUAAAGGUAUCAGUGGAAAAGAAUGAGAGCUGUGAUGGCGGUGUCCUUUCCAUCUGCCUUGGAGCAUUUAAAGACAUAAGCCUAGCCUCAGACCUGGCAUUCCCCCUGCUGUAUCUGACAUUGUUCAGAUCACUCAUACAGCUUCCUUUCUCUUCCUCCACACACACCCCGCUCCUUAUUUUUACAUCCAAACUCUGGUUUUUGGAAAGGUUAUCUUUUAUCCUUUUCCUAAACAAUCAUCACCUUUUGCUGUCUUGCUUACUUUUAUGUUCAUAACACAACUUGAAGGUCUCACAGUGAACCUAGUUGUGAGUAGCACUAAUGUUAAAACCAUGGAGCUUGUAGACUGACUUGAUGCAUAAUAAUUUGAUAUAGCCUUGGCUGUACUUAAAGAUAAUAUUGUUACCAUAGAAAGAUUAUAUAUUAAAACCUAAAAUAUAUUGAGUA